AUGGAGCAAUCUUUUCCAGAAGAGCCAAUCUCUCUACAACUCCAAAUUGACCAACUUAAAGAAACACUCAAACCAUUCAAUGCUUUUAUUGAAGAAAUAUCAGCAAUAAAAGAAUCAAUGAAUCUCCCCAAUGACAAAAAUUAUACUAUAACAGAAAUUAUUUGUUUAAAAUCCAAAGCAGAAAAUUCUGAAGAAGUAAAUUCAGUCAAAAAAUCGUUUUUUGACUAUAAAAGCUACAUGAAUGACAUAAAUAGAAGCAUUUCAGGCGAGUUCGCAAGGUUUAAUAUUUUAAUUAACGAGAUGAGAAACGAAGUUAACGUCCUCACAUAUGCUGAUCUUGAUAACAAAGAAAACAUCAAAGACAUAAAAACUGCUCUUUACGCAAGGGCAUUUUCAAAAGAGCUUCAAGAUUUAAAAAAAUACGUAGACACAAUGACUCCCUUGCUGAUUUUUGAAGAAGAAAAAGCGAAAUUUGAAAAUUUUGCAUUGAAAUCUGAACUUGAAGAAUCUCGUGCAAAGAUCAAUAAAGUAGAAAAUACUAUGAAAAUCUUCGAAACAAAGGAGCAAGCCAUGGAACUAAUUAAAGAAAUUAAUCAAAAAUUCGAAAAACUAGAAAACGAGAAUAAAGAUACUGUUGAGAAAAUCAAGAAAUGUGAAGAAUUUUUGAAAGAAAACAUUGAAUUGACGAAUUCUAAAAUAGAUUAUGUUAAAAAUACAUUUGAAUUAGUUCGAGAGAGAACAGAGUCAAAGGUUUUUUCGCUUAAAGAAUAUAGGAAAUUCCCGAUGAUGGCGCUCAAUGUGCCAUCAUCGGACACCUACGGUAAAGGGUCCACACUGGAAAUGGGCUCCACGUGUGGAGCCCUUUUUGACUCGUGGAGAAUUCUCACUUUCACGUGCCAAAAAGGGCUCCACACGUGGAACCCAUUUCCAGUGUGGACCCUGAACUGUAGUUGCCCGAUGAUGGCGCAUUGAGCACCAUCAUCGGGCAACUUGUAUAUAUUGAAAGUUCACCAUGGGCUCAAGACAUCAGCGAAAUCAAGAAAAACGUUGAAGACAAAAUAAAUAAAUCAGAAAUGAAAGAACUGAGAACUGAUAUAAGCUCCUACGUUUCUGAAAUGAGAUCUCAUUCGGAAGCAGCUCAAACUUCAGUUACCAAGUUCAGCUUUGUGCUGGAACGAUUUGAUGAAAUUUUGCUAGAAAAAUCAUCGAAAGAUGAUUUAGAAGCUGUAAAGCAGCAGCUUCCUAGCUUCGUCACAAAAUCUAUGUUUUUAGAGCAAUUAAAUAUGAAUAACACUAACCCCCCCCCCCCUCCGUGAGCGAACAAAAAAAUUUUGUUCGCUCACGGAGGGGGGUUAAUUUUUUUUUUUAAAAAAAAAUUUAUAUAUAAAUUUUAUAAAAAAAUAUUUUUUUCGAAAUUUAAAAAAAAAUCUAAUUUGCAAAAAUUGGGAAGCAAAUAUUAAUUUAAUUUGCAAAAUUUAUGUUUUAAAACGCAAUUUGUUUAAAAUUAAACAGAAUUAGCUCUAGAUUUCAUUAUACUAAUUAUCACUUAUAUAUCAAAAUUUUUUUCCAUUAAAUUUUUUUCUAUUAAAAAAAUUUUUGUUCACUCACGGAGGGUGGGUUUUUGGUCAAAAAAUGGCGAUUUUUCUAAUGGUUUUGUUCGCUCACGGAGGGGGGGGGGGGGGGAGUAAGCAUUCUCAAACUCAAUCACAGAUUCUUGCCAUUUACAAUUCACAGAAAGCUUUGGAAAGCUCCAUGCAAAGUGUGAUAAGCAGGUUUGAGUCUAUUAAAAGAGAUAAUCAAGAUGUAAGUAUGAUUGCAAGGACACUUGAACAAGUUUAUCAAGAAAUAAACAGAAAAGCAGACAAAAUAGAGAUUUUUGAUAUAUUAAAAGUGAUGGGAAAACAGGAAGAUAUUAAUAAAAUAUCUCAGAAUAAUGAUUUGGCAAAGAGACAAUUGGAGUUGACAGCUGUUUUGGUCUUAGCACUCUGCAGAACGUUAUUAAAAACAGGUGAAAAUCCUAACUCAAUUAAAAAGAAGCGAGAGGAUCUAUAUAGAAAUUUAGGAACCCUCGUAAACUGAAUUGGAGAAGACAAAGAGUGUAAAACUGAACGCAGUCUGGACCUGAGCUUAACUCGAGAUGAAGGUUGCAAUACCAUAAAUACUUCCUUUAAAAACCCUAUAAGACAUAAAAGGAAUUCCCAUAGCUUAAUCUUUCAGAAUACAAAAUCUUCCUUAGAUCUUCCGCCAAUAAAAAAUACUUAA